AUGCUGACUGCUGCUGCUUUCGUGUCGGCUGCAGCUUUCCUGGUUACCUCGAUCCCGAGUGUUGAGGCUCAUGGUUACAUGCUCAUCCCAGAGUCUCAGUUCAAGGGCUCCGCAAAUUCAGCGUGGAUUGUUCAGAUCGACCCAGUAUGGGCCAGUGACAAAUGGGAUGGCAACAACCCCAAAAGUGUAGACACAUUCAAAUCUCUCAAGGCCGCUAACAACUUCAAGGACUUGAAAACUCUCAUGGACGACACUUCAGUGUAUGGCGCCGACUGCGGUUUCACGAAUCCGAACGGCACACCGCAGCCAAUUCCUACCGACGGUAAGGCCACCUUCUCUCGUGCUCUAGUGCAUCACGGUCCGUGCGGGAUUUGGCUCGACGACAAGAUGGUGCUCUACGAGGACGACUGCUUUGCCAAAUACGGUAACGAGAACCAGGACAUUAAGUCGAUCUUCCCCGUGGACUACUCGUCUUGCAACAAUGGUGGAUGCAAGCAGAUGCGCUUCUACUGGUUAGCUUUCCAGGGUCUGAACAAAAAGACUGUGUGGCAGUCCUACAAGGACUGCAUCCCUCUGAAGGGAUCAGGAGGUGGUGGUUCGUCGACAACCCAGACGGAGAGUUCGCAGACGCCCGGUGACGUCUCGCAGACUACGUCGAGCGGCGAUUCUAACAGCCCUUCCAGCGGUGCCUCCAAUACUCCUCCCAGUGGUGACUCGAAUAAUCCACCCAGCGGCGACUCUCCUACGACUCAGGGUUCAUCGGCCGAGACCCCGGAGGUUACGCCGGCCCCGUCAUCCAAAUGCAACGGUCGAAAGCGCCGCUACUAA